AUGUCCACUAUCCCCGACUGGUGCUUCUCCGUUUGCCGGAACCCGGCCACCGCCAUGGGCCUCCCGCUCGCCCUCGGCUUCCUCAGCGGCUACGGCUCCGCCGAGAUGCGCAGCAAGCGCACUGGCCAGACGCUCAAGUCGCAGACGUCGUGCCCGACGCACCCUGCGAUGACUUGGAUCUGGAACGCCAUGUACCCUCUCGCGGGUUACGCUGCCUACCUGACGGUGAAGGACUUUGACGCUGCCAUCACCCCUCUCGAGACCAACAACGCCCUCGCGGCCUUCAAGCUCUACUGGGUCCAACUCGGCCUCAACCUCCUCUGGCCGCCGGUGUUCGUCGGCCAGGGCCAGAGCAUGGUCGGCCUCGGCAUCAUGACCUGCCUCUUCGGCACGGUCGCCGCCAUGACGGCCAAGAUGAACAACCUGUUCACGCCCGUCAACACCACCUGGUUCCUCGCCCCCUACCUGGGCUUCCUCGGCUACAACCUGUACGAGAACUUUGUCGCCGUCAAGAACUCGCAGCACGCUUAA